AUGACUGUCACCAGCGUCACGCGCAACGAGCUCUGGCGGCACCCGGACCCCACCUCGACUCCAAUGUGGGCGUUCCUUCUCCGCGUGAAUUCCAAGUACGGCCUCGAAUUGGCAGACUACCCCGGCCUGUACAAGUGGUCCAUCGAGAACGUGGCAGAGUUCUGGGAGGAGGUCUGGCAUUUUGUGGGCAUCACGGCCUCAAGGCCCUUCGACAAGGUACGCUGGCCAAUGCCAUUCGUCACAUCCCAAACUCAACCCAAACCUCAUCCUGUCUGGCUUCACUCUGCUUGGCGCGCCUUGACUGCCUGUCUUAUGGCAGAGGGCAAGGAAGAAAAGGACUUUGUGUGA